AUGACCAACUGGGAGAAAGGUCACUACAUCAACUACAAAAAGAUGUCGGAGAACCUAGCAAUCGUCCGCAGCAGACUUAACCGCCCUCUCACAUAUGCUGAGAAAGUCCUGUAUUCACAUUUGGACGACCCGCACGGACAAGACCUCGAACGAGGAGUUUCCUACCUCAAACUCAGACCUGAUCGAGUAGCAUGUCAAGAUGCUACCGCCCAGAUGGCUAUUAUGCAGUUCAUGUCCGCUGGCAUGCCCUCAGUUGCUACGCCGACCACCGUUCACUGCGAUCAUUUGAUUGAAGCCCAGGUUGGUGGAGACAAGGAUCUGGAAAGAGCCAAGGAUAUCAAUAAGGAGGUCUACGAUUUCCUGUCGACUGCUUGUGCCAAAUACAACAUCGGCUUCUGGCGUCCUGGCUCGGGCAUUAUCCAUCAGAUAAUCCUGGAAAACUAUGCUUUCCCUGGUGGUUUGAUGAUCGGAACCGACUCCCAUACUCCUAACGGUGGUGGUCUUGGUAUGGCAGCAAUUGGUGUCGGCGGUGCCGACGCGGUUGAUGUCAUGGCAAAUCUGCCAUGGGAACUGAAGGCCCCCAAGGUCAUUGGUGUCAAGCUGACCGGUGAAAUGUCUGGAUGGACUUCUCCCAAAGAUAUCAUCCUCAAGGUGGCCGGUAUCUUGACGGUAAAGGGCGGCACUGGAGCGAUUGUCGAAUAUCACGGUCCUGGCACUAAUAACCUCUCCUGCACCGGCAUGGGCACCAUCUGCAACAUGGGUGCCGAGAUCGGUGCAACGACUUCUCUCUUCCCCUUCAACGACCGCAUGUACGAUUACUUGGCUGCAACCAAACGCAGGCAUAUUGGUGACUUCGCUCGGGCAUACUCUGCUGAGCUUCGCGAGGAUGAGGGCGCCGAAUACGACCAAUUCAUCGAACUCAACCUCUCUGAACUCGAGCCUCAUAUCAACGGUCCAUUUACGCCAGAUUUGGCCACUCCCAUCUCCAAGUUCUCCCAGGCAGUCAAGGAUAACAAGUGGCCCGAGGAGUUGAAGGUCGGACUGAUCGGUUCUUGCACAAACUCUUCAUAUGAGGAUAUGAGCCGAGCAGCAUCAAUCGCUCAGGAUGCUAUGGAUCAUGGCAUCAAGGCGAAGGCUUUGUUCACUGUCACACCAGGUUCCGAGCAAAUUCGCGCAACAAUCGAGCGAGACGGUCAGCUCAAGACUCUUGAGGACUUUGGCGGCGUCAUCCUCGCAAAUGCCUGCGGCCCCUGCAUUGGUCAAUGGGACCGAAGGGAUGUCAAGAAGGGCGAGCCUAACUCGAUUAUCUCCUCCUACAACCGAAACUUCACCGGCCGCAAUGAUGCCAACCCUGCCACUCACUCGUUCGUCACGUCUCCGGAUAUGGUUGUAGCGAUGACCAUCGCAGGAAACCUCAACUUCAACCCUUUGACCGACACACUGAAAGACAAGGAUGGAAAGGAGUUCAAGCUCAAGCCACCCAGUGGUGAAGGUCUACCCCGAAACGGGUACGACCCGGGUCGUGACACAUAUCAAGCCCCUCCAGAGGAGCGUAGCCAGGUGGAAGUGAAAGUUUCUCCAACAUCCGACCGUCUGCAAAUCUUGCAACCUUUCGAGCCAUGGAACGGCAAAGAUUUCCUCGACCUUCCCAUCCUGAUCAAGACCAAGGGCAAGACCACCACUGACCACAUCUCGAUGGCUGGUCCUUGGUUGAAAUACCGUGGUCAUCUCGACAACAUUUCCAACAACAUGCUGAUUGGUGCCAUCAACGCUGCCAACGGUGAAGCUAACAAGGUCAAGAACUUCAAGACUGGCGAAUGGGAUGCCGUCCCUGCCACUGCUCGCUGGUAUAAGAAGGAAAAGAUCCCGUGGGUUGUCAUUGGAGACUGGAACUACGGUGAGGGUUCUUCUCGAGAGCAUGCUGCUCUUGAACCCAGACAUCUUGGCGGUAUUGCCAUCAUCACCCGAAGCUUCGCCCGUAUUCACGAGACCAACUUGAAGAAGCAAGGCAUGCUACCCUUGACCUUUGCCAACCCCGAGGACUACGACAAGAUCAACCCUGACGACAAGGUUGACUUGUUGAUCACCGACCUGGCACCCGGCAAACCCGUGACGAUGAGAGUCCAUCCCAAGGAUGGCAAAGCAUGGGAUUGCGAAUUGCAACACACAUUCAACGAAGGCCAGAUUGAAUGGUUCAAGAACGGCAGUGCCCUGAACACUAUGGCCAAGAAGCACGGUUCCCGCUAA